UCUCCUCACGGCUCCGUCUCUGCUCGUCCACCAGAACUUCAGCCGCUGGUCCUCCCUCUCCCGAAACCCAAACCCAGAAACAGACGGGGCUUUAACUUCGACAGGACCUCCUUCUCUGCUCCGCUGCUAGGCCGUUUCUCCUGUGAGUGUGCAGUGUUGAUUAAUGUUCACUGUGGAAAAGCAUCAAAACAUACAGCCAGAACAGAACGUAUAGAACUGGUCCUCACUUUUCCUGAUUUAUCUGCAAAGGCCUGCAGGAGGACAUGCUGGUUCGAUCACUCCAGCGGCGUAUGUGUGUGGAACCUUGCUCCUCUCUCCUCUUCCUCACUCCCUGCUCUGAGAAAAUGAGUUAGAGGAGUCCCGGACACCCCCUCUGCCCUCUCCCCUCCCCUGUACUGGAUCCCAGGCCCCCUCAGUCCUCCCUCCCUGCUUCAUGAGCCAGCAGGAUGCGGCGUGGGUGCGCACACUCUCCGAGCGGCUCCUGGUAGCCUCGCACAAGGGCCAGGCCGACCAUGUGGUGCAGCUGAUCAACAAGGGCGCCAAAGUAGCCGUCACCAAGUAUGGCCGGACUCCGCUGCAUUUGGCUGCCUAUAAGGGCCACACCGAGGUGGCAAGGAUUCUGCUGAAGGCUGGCUGCGACCUGGACAUUCAGGAUGACGGUGACCAGACGGCUUUACAUCGAGCGGCUGUUGUGGGAAACAGUGAUGUCAUCUCAGCUCUCGUUCAGGAAGGGUGUGCACUGGACAGGCAAGACAAGGAUGGAAACACAGCACUGCAUGAGGUGGCAUGGCAUGGGUUCAGUCAGUCUGUCAAACUGCUGGUUAAGGCUGGUGCCAACAUUCUUGCUAAAAAUAAGGCUGGUAACACAGCUCUGCAUUUGGCCUGUCAGAAUGGUCACACUCAGAGCUGUAAAGUCCUGCUGCUGGGAGGAGCUCGUCCAGACAGCAGAAACAAUGUAGGUGACACGUGCCUGCACGUCUCUGCUCGCUACAACCAUGUGUGCGUGAUCCGCAUUCUGCUGGGCGCGUUCUGUUCGGUGAGCGAGAGGAAUCAGGCCGGGGACACGGCCCUGCAUGUGGCGGCCGUUCUGAAUCACAAGAAGACAGCGCGUCUGCUGCUCGAGGCUGGAACCGACAUCAACAUCCGGAACAACGCAGGACAGACUGCACUGGACCAGGCCAGAGAGCACAAUAACCCUGAAGUAGCACUGCUACUGACCAAAGCACCACAGAUUCAGAGCUUCUCCCGAGGGAGGAGUGUGAGGAAGAGGAGGGACAAGCUGAAGGCUGAAGGACGAGCACAGUCUGUCCCACGGGAUGAGAUGCUGCCGAGUAAGGAAAGCAUGUCCCCAGCAGAGGACACCCCCAGUAGUGAGCAAACAGCACGAAGACGGGGGGAACGUAGGAGCGAAACCCCUGACACCAAUGAAGAGCACCCCAAAAAGAGCCGCGACAAGAGCAAGAUCAAAGAUAAGCCGUCACUGUCGGACCCUCUCUCCAGGAGGGAGAAUAAGCGGACUGAGCAGAAGAAAAAGAGCAAAACAAGGCCUUCCCCUCCCACCGCCGUUCCUCCGCCACACAGCUACAAAGCUUAUCAGCUCUAUACACUCUACAGGGACAAAGAUGGCAAGAUCAUGCAGGCCCCUCUCAAUGGCUGCAGGUGUGAACCCCUCAUCAAUAAGCUGGAGAACCAGCUGGAGGCCACCAAAGAGGAGAUGAAAUCAGAGAUCCACACUGUACAGGAGCUCAUGAACAACAAGAUGGGACAGCUGGACCGCAAGAAUAAACACCAGAUCAGAGCUUUAGACAAAAUGACACUAGAGAGAGUGUCUGCGGAAAGGACGGAAUGUUUACAUCGCAUCGACCAGAGAGCCAAACAAGAGCGCCUGGAGGGUGAAAAGAGACAGCAGGCCUCUGUGGUGUAUGAGCUGAAGAACUGGUGCCUGUCAAAGCUGCAGCGGAUGGAGGCACGUCUGACUGCAGACCCCCGUAGUACCCCCUUGCGCCGCUCCUCCUCCCUCGCCGAGACGCUUUCCGAGUGCGGCCAGGAUGAGUGCGUGACCUCGAGUAGUCACCCAAGUGGUCAUUCAGCUGGUCCCCAUUGUCUCGUGCCCACAAGCCCGAACGAAGCCAGAGAGGGAGAGGCAGCAGGCGGCCCGCAAGAAGACGGGUCAGCCAAUCACUAUUUUGUGGUUCAGGUGGACAGCUCUCCAGAUGACAAGCAGAACAUCCGAGAUGCAUCCUGCCCGCUGGCCCAGGACAAGUCCACGCCAUCCUCUCCCCGUGUGGUGCGACCAAAAGAGCGUGCACUACUCUCUGCUGACCCCCACAGGUUGCAGAGGGAACUGCAAGACACGGGUCAGCAGGAACUGUGGUUAAAACCCAGCCGGGCCAGCAGCCUCUCGCCGGCCACAGAGCGCCGCUGCAGCAGCCGACAGAACCACGACCAGGACAAGCAGGCCAAGGAGCGAGGUAGGCACCAUAAGAGGCAUUCCCAGGGCAGGACUAAAGCCCGCGGGGGCACAAAGACCCUGGAGGUGUUUGGGGAGCAGCCGGUGAACGCCAGUGAAGCCACGUUCACACAGGAGCGAGCCAACAUGCACGCGCUGGAGGUGACGCAGUACUUCUUUGAAGCCGUGUCCACACAGAUGGAACGCUGGUAUGAGAGGAAAAUCUAUGAAGCGCGGAUGCAGGCUGACCAGCGAGCGCAGGCUGACCGGGCCGCAUUGCUGGAGAGGAUCACCUGCCUGGAGGAUGAACUGAGGCUGCUCAGAACUAACAAACAGGAGGACAGCUAACAGAUGCAGCAGCAGCUGCACAACGCCGUAAAGGCCUUUUCACAGCAAGUCUGUUUUUUUACGGAAGAAAAAGAUGCAACUUCUGAAAAUAUCCAUAUUUCACUUGAAGUCUACAUGGAGCCAGCUCCGUUUUCUGUAUUAAAUAUCAGGUUGAGCAGAGUUACACUGUUUUGAUUGCUCCAAGCCUCAAAAACCAUCCAAAAAAAGCCUUUGGAAUCACAUUUUAGAGCAUCAUUUGCCUUUUUUGCAGAAUAUGGGUAAGCCAGUCAUACUGACCAAAAUAAAAAUGAUAGAUUAGUCAUUGCUACUAUGUGCUGAAACAAUUUCUUUGGAUUUUUCCCUCGUUUUCUGAGAUUUUCAUUUAAAAAAAAGUACUUAGCAUGAGAGUUUCAGUAUGUUAAAAAAUUUUUCUUCAUCCGUAAAAAUCAGAGAAGGCCUCUAAGCUGUAGACAUGCUGGAGUAGCUUCUGUAAGACAGCUAGCCUAAUAUAUGCUGCUAACCUUGGAGUAGAAGAUGCAGGACAAGCUAACCUAUGGAUCUAAUGCCGGAUUAGGGCACUUUUUUUCCCCCCAGACAGAAAGAAACACAAACACUAAGGCUACGUUCACAUCGGUCAUAUUUCUCAGUUCUCAACUUAGAUUGGAGACUGACUUUCUUACUGGAACACAUUUGCGUUUGCAAAUCUAUUUAUGGGUAUGAAUCUUUACCCUGAAAGGACCUACAUGCACCCAUUCUCCAAAUAAAUAAGGGACAAUUUAACCAGCAAAUUUCUUAAUAAUUUAAUGGUCAAGAUGUAAACAGUCAUACUGACCGGCUUCAUGUAAAAUGCCUGUAAAAGCCACCUGUUACAAAGCUAUUACAUAAAAUGCUUACAGAUUUGCUCCCUGAUACUUAAGACUAUAAUUCUCGAUACUUUGAGAUAAAGUAUUGACCUAAAAUGAAUUUUCUGGUGGAGUGGUAUAUGAAGCACCUCUGUUUAUGAAGCAAAUAACAUCCAAAAAAAAGUGAUUUAAAGACACGCGUAGAUGCACUGGUCAUUUUGUUUAGUUAAAAAUCCUGUAUUUGCGUGGUAGUCGUCAUGACCUCUGGUUUCUAUGACCACAAGUGUAAAAAGUUCAGAGUCACUAAGGCCAUAUAACACCCUGAAUCACUCUGGUUACAUCUGAACAACUAAAUUCUACAGACAUUUUGAAAACACAUACGUGGCCAUGCAUCGGUUCUAGAAGCACAUGCGAAAUGAGCGUAUACGAAUAGAUUCCUGCAGUCUGAAAGCAGAUUAGUCACAUUUAGGCAAAAAUCCAGCCCCGUAAUGUGAACGUAGCCUUAGUUGUCAGAUGAAGAAACAGGUUUGUGGACUGGACAGUUGGAACUUAAGCUACAGUACAUGCUAUAAACAGUUCCUCUUUCUUUUAUUGCUCUCCUCACUCGGGCAUCCAUGACUCAUUGAAAGAAUUCAGUUCAACAGAUUUAAGGCCAUAGUUGUUAGUGUUUACAUAAAUGAAUUGAAAGUCGUACACUAGUAGUCAUCCAAACGUCUGUGGAGGAGCAGAAGUUUGACUAACAGUCACUUUCAAAGAAACUGAGAAACUAAUGUUGUGUAUAAGCUGUUAAGGGAGAAACCGUCGUCUUGCUAAUGAAACAUCCACAGGCACUACACUGCUGCCCAUGCUGGUGGAUAUGCUUCGUAAUAUUUGUCGUUUACUCAUUUUUGGUGCCAAAGUGAAAGUCAGAGAUGAUUUAGGCACUACAAACAACUCGUUUAGUUCAAAAUAUGACAUGCCAGUUCUCCACAGUGCGCAGGGAGAGAAUCUUCAGAGCAAAAAACAUAUUUCCAGCUUACAGUAAACAAAGUCUUUCGCUUGCCUCAGUUUUUGCAUGUGCCUGAAAUGGCAGACAUUUCACUGCACUGUGGUGACAUUUUCAUCUUGUUUUUGUACAUGUGCAUCAAAUUUACGAUUGUGUAAAAUGCUUACGCCUGACUGUUUCCCCACCAGUCAUUUAAACGACCGUGUGCAUUAGAUAUAAUAAUGUCUUAACAUGAACAAACUUGAUUUUUAUAGUCUGAGUGUUUUUAAGUCUCUAUCCUUACCGAGCUUUAACCCACAUUGAGAUGAUGCAUAGACUUACUUUAAAUCAGCUUUCUUUAACAUCUGUAUUAUCUUAAAAGCUUAAGCAGAAUUCUGUCAGUUCCACCAGUUUUUCUGCAAUUUUUGUAUAAUUAUAGUUAAGAUGCCACGAAAAUUGAGUGCUCACAGCUGUGGUGAUGGGACCCAGAUGUCCAAAGAAUGAAAUGCCUCUAAAAUCAAAGAAACUUAUUACAUGAAAUGGUUACAAAAACAUUGUCUGCUGCCUGAAACAUUGUUUUACUACAGUUUUGUUUAAAAAAUAAAUAAGAAUUUUAUUUAAUAUGUAUGUCUGAGAGGUACAUACUGGGCAUUGUAAGGCCAAAUAGAACCCAAAGAAAUCUUCAGAUUUACCCCUAUUUUACCAUCAUCAACAUUACAUAUAACACUCAGAGGACAUGUUUGUUGACCAUUUUGGAAAGUAAAUAAAAUGAUUAUUUGUGUUGUAGACAUUGCAGCCUGUGGUUCCCAUCACCAGCACUGUAAAGCAAUCUGAGGAGGUAUAUUUCUCUACAAUGAACUGUUUCAUGCAAGCCUAAAUGACUUUUACAUGUCAUCAAUUAAAUUAUGCAGAAAUUUCAAAAAAUCAUUAAAGACUGAAGUUAAACUGUGACACAUUAAAUGGGGCUGUCGCUAUAUAUUAUGACUGUAAUUGAGUAAUCAGUCUUAAUCUUAAUGACUGAGUAAUAAUAAAAAAAUAAUGAUUGAUUUAACAAUGAAUAAACUAACAUAACUUCUCAAAACAUUUCAUUUUGUUGUAACAAGAUGAACUAGAAAGCCUUUAAAAGAAAACGGUAUAUAAACGGAGCCCACCAGGCUGUUUCUUACUGUACGAAUAAUGUAAAAUAUGCAUUAUCGACAUGAAAACUGUCAUCAAGAAAGUCCAUUUGAAUCACUCAUUUCUUUUUUAAUUGAGUAAUUGAAUAAUCAGUUAAUCACAACAGUCCUACUAUUAAGUGGAACCUAACGUGCACCAACUCCACUGACUGGGAUAAGAAAUGCGAUGGUGACACAGUAAACAGGCUUUGCUAUAGUCUAUCGCAGCUCUGUCAUCUCCAUGUGCCCAUGUAACUGAUAGGAAUGUGGACUCUGGGGCAGGAGAUGAGCAGCCACAGCCCCCAGAAACACCACUGCAAACUUAUUUAAAGUGGUAGUUUGGUGAAAAACCAGUUUUCCUCCAUUUUUUUCUCUAAAUAAACAACCACAACAUGUUUGGGAGCUCAAGUUUGCUUCCUUAAUUUUGUACCAGAGCCGUGAGGCUACAAACUAAUAUGGCUAACAAGUAAUGAAAGCUCACCAAUUAGUGCAAACUGCAUGACUAAAUCAUCACAUGCUUGACUCAACCCAUAGGGGCAAUGGACAAAAGGACACUUGUCCAUUUUUAUAGAUGACAGCAUGCCACAUCAGCUACAUUAGCCUCAUAGCUCAAACUUCAGACACCAAGCACGUCUUGGAUUGACUGCAUUGUGUUGAACUGACCUGCCAGAUUAUCAUUUCAACAUGAAUUGCAGUUGAUAAAACUAUUACAGGUCAGUCUGAAUGUAGGCCUUAAACAGUGCAGCUCAACAGAAAGAGGUGCUGUUUUGAGCUGGUUAUACGAAGGGAAUCAUUUCUCAAAUAUUUUUAGGUUUUAUGGAAAAUGAGCAGCAGAUUUAUACAUUUCAGCCCAAAAGCAAGAACAUUUUCUUUCAGUUUUCAUUUCUGUAACACAAACAUUGUAAUAGGGCAUAUAUGCAUGUACAUGCUUAUACGAGUAACUGCUAUGAUGUGGCAUUAGUGCUAAAAUGGUUUAUUUUCCAGAUGUUCAUUGUUGUGACACGUGUGUGGAAGGUCAAUGUUGUAUGGAAAUGUGUUGGAUAUUAAAAGGUAACUUUCUCUGUAAAAUAAAGCUAUGAAAUACAGAUUUUUAUAAAGAAAUCAGAAGUG